AUGUUGACCUUGAUACUGCAAUGCAUCCCCCCGGAAGCUGCCUGGGACACAGAAGUGGCGCAGAAAGAAGGCACCAAGUGCUACUCCGCUGCGACCUAUCUGAAGAUUGGCAAAUUCAACAGCUCGAUCAACAUCGUUACCGACUUCCUCUACGCCACCCUCCCGGUCUUCAUGUUUCACGACAUCCAAGUCAACCGACGGACAAGGGCGUCCCUCAUGUGCAUCUUAAGUCUGGGAUACUUGUACGUCUCCCUGGUAUCAUCUGAAUUCCCAAUUAACGAGAAAAGUGCCUGCGCCGCGGCGAUCGUAAAAGCCGUCCUGCAAAGUCGCAUCUUUCAAGAGAGCGAAGCAUACCGCGACGCCAACUACCAUAUUUGGAACUCAGUCGAACUCAACGUCGGCAUUAUCGCCGCCUGCUUCCCGACCAUUAAGCCUCUCGCAAAGAGUCUGAUAGGCAGCACAAAAGGCCUAACAGGCUACGGAUCACGCAGUCGAAAACGAACGGGGGCGGAAAACGCCUACUACGGACCGAACAGCCAUGCUCUGGCAUCUAUGCAUCGCAGCCGGAUGGAUCCUGAGGAACAAAAGUACCACGUCCAGAUCCACGCGAACCAUCCUUCACUCUCUGGGUCCGACGGCGGGAGCGAAGAGAACCUCGCCACAAGCAAGCGGAAGUCGUCGAUUAAUACACGCAUCAUGCAGACGACGGAGGUGAUCGUGCAUACGGAAGACGGCAAUGCGAGUGACCAUGACCAUGACCGCGGGUCAUCCUCGAUCGGGCCACGGAGGACGGUCGAGGAUCGAAUAUGA